CAACGGCCGCUCGCACCAGCACCGGCACCCGCACCGUAAUUCUCUCCACUUUCUUCUCUCUCUCUCUCUCUCUCUCUCUCUCUCUCCUUCUCCUCCUCGGCAGCCUUGCGCCGCCGCCUCGCCGCCGCCUCGCCGCCGCCUCGCCGCCGCCUCGCCGCCGCUUCGCUCCGUCGCCCGCUCUGCCUCACUCUCGCGCCAGCAUGUCCGACGCCACGCAUGGCAGCGCCGUGCGCGGUGGCGGCGACAAGCCGCAGCCCUCUCUCCGCCUUCCUCCCAAGAUCAAGAGUCCAGACGAUCUUGGACCGCUCCACAGUGCAUUCAAGCGCUGGAAGAAGAACUUCAUCGUCGAGUCGGUCGACGUCCAAUACAAGAAACCGACGCAGGAGGAUCGCAGAGAGCUUCUCAAGCGCUACCAGACGGUCUUCAUUCCAUGGAUUAGCCGCCGGACCGGCCGACCCUACGUGCCUGGACCCAAUGCUGGAUUCUUCGAGUUGUGCUACGUCGACAGCGGCGAGAUUCCUCUUAGCCAAGUCGCAUUGAACGUAAGCGACGACCUAGGCGUCUUCCUCCUCUUCUUGCUGGAAGCAGCCCGAACCAGCAACGACUUCGACGACAGCUUCACAGCCGAGACGCUCGAGUACUACGCGACGGUACUCAUCGAGAUCACCAAGCAGCGCAUUUACCAGACGUAUGCUCGCGAUCACGAGAACGCGGUCAUCGCGCGCGCCUGCAUCAUCGAGUCCCACAACGGAGUACGCCACCAAGUGAGGAGUGCCCAGCGCUGGCUCAUCGAGCAGUACAAGCUGUCAACGGCUCAACAGCUGCAAGAGGCCAAGGAGGCCGAGCGCGCCUCACGCAUCGCCGCGCUGCGUCCGCUCUGGCUCCAGCAGACGAUCGAGAAGAAGCGACUCAGUGCCGAGUGGCACUGCAUGCAGGCUGCGCAGGACGACGAAGAUGUGCGCCGCAUCGCCGAGCUGGAGCGCAACGUGCCCGCCGGCGCCGAGCUGUCGUUCAUGGAACUGCCGGUGGAUGUGCGCGCCAGGAUCAUGCCGCCGCAGAUGUCCGCACCCAAGAGUCCCUCAAGAGCACGCACGUCCACGCAUUCGUAGCUGCACAACGUCACCUCCGCCCGUACGAGCCCGGCCAGCACACCUCCACACUCUCGCAACACGUCCAUACGCCUCACACCGUUCCGUUCCGUUCAGCUCAUCAUCAGCCGCCCGCCGGCGUGAUGGCUCGCACGUCACGUUCGCACGUCUCGCCCGCGAGCCACCUUCUACUUCACCUCACCCCUGUCCCCAUUCCGGCAUCACUUUUGCACACUAGUCGCGACUCGACCCGUCCACCUCAGCCUGUAGCUCCCGUUCCACUUGUGGCAUCGCCUCUGCCUGCUGCCCGUCUGUGCUCUCUCGCACAGACACGCGCGGCACAACGAAUGCACACUCCUCACAGC